ACCCACAUGGGUGUUGCCAGGAGGAAGCUGGCCCCACUCUGGGGCCUGGCGCUCGCCCUGGCCUGCACCUGGCACACAGGCCAUGCCCAGGACAGCUCUUCCCAGCACAGCCAUGAGCACCACGCUGACCUCACUCCCGCGCUCUGGGGACCUGGUGGUGACCCGCCCCUCGGGGCGACGACCUCCCUGCCCCCGAGGGCCGUCCCUGUGGUCCGAGCCCGGAACCCGGCGCACAACAGCCGGGUCUGCAGCGCCUGGGGCGACUUCCACUACAAGACCUUCGACGGCGCCGUCUUCCGCUUCCCCGGCCUCUGCAACUACGUGUUCUCCGCGCACUGCGGCGCCGCCUACGAGGACUUCAACGUCCAGCUGCGCCGCGGCGGCCGGGAGCCCAACGCCCACCCGACUGGGGCAGGUCACCAUGAAGCUGAGACGGGCCUGGUGGUCCGAGCUACCCAAGGCUCCGUCCCUGGGUCCGACGGCUCGCACCCGGUCCAGCUGCCCUUCAGCCACUCCGGGGUCCUUGUCCAGCGCGGUGGCAGCCACGUGAGGGUGGUGGCCAGGCUGGGCCUGGACUUCACGUGGAACCAGGACGACAGCCUCCUACUGGAGCUGGAUACCAAGUACGCCAACCAGACCUGCGGGCUGUGUGGGGACUUCAACGGCAGGCCGGCAGUCGGCGAGUUCCUGUCCCACAACGCCAAGCUGACCCCCCUGGAGUUCGGGAACCUGCAGAAGCUGGACGGCCCCACGGAGCAGUGCCCGGACCCCGCGCCUGCGCCUGCGCCCGCGGAGAACUGCUCCGCGGACUUCGGCUUCGACAUCUGCCAGGAGCUGCUGGGCGGCCGGCUGCUCGCGGGCUGCGCGGCCCUGGUGGACGCCGGCAGCUACGUGGACGCCUGCCGCCAGGACCUCUGCCUCUGCGCUCGCGCCGACCCGCUCAGCUGCGCGUGCGACACGCUGGCCGAGUUCUCGCGGCAGUGCGCGCACGCCGGGGGGCUGCCCCAGGACUGGCGGGGCCCCGACCUCUGCCCCCAGACGUGCCCGGACAACAUGCAGUACCACGAGUGCCGCUCGCCCUGCGCUGACACCUGUUCCAACCUGGAGCACUCCCGCACCUGCGAGGAGCACUGCGCCGCCGGCUGCUUCUGCCCCGAGGGGACGGUCCUGGACGACAUCGGGCAGGGCGGCUGCAUCCCCGCGUCCCAGUGCGCGUGCACCUAUAACGGGGCCGCCUUCGCUCCGGGCGCCGUCUACACCACGGACUGCACCAACUGCACCUGCUCUGGAGGCCGCUGGAGCUGCAGGGAGAUUCCGUGUCCCGGCACCUGCUCUGUGCUGGGCGGCGCCCACGUCUCCACGUUUGACGAGAGGCAGUUCACGGUGCACGGGGACUGCAGCUACGUGCUGGUCAAGCCCUGCGACGGCGGCUCCUUCGCGGUGCUGGCCGAGCUGCGCAGGUGCGGGCUGACCGACAGCGAGACCUGCCUGAGGAGCGUGACGCUGAGCCUGGGCGGGGCGCACACGGUGGUCGUGGUGAUGGCCAGCGGGGAGGUGUUCGUGAACCAGAUCUACACGCAGCUGCCGGUCUCUGCAGCCAACGUCACCGUCUUCAGACCCUCCACCUUCUUCAUCAUCGUGCAGACCGGCCUGGGGCUGCAGCUGGAGGUGCAGCUGGUGCCCACCAUGCAGGUGUUCGUGCGGCUGGCGCCCACGCUCCGCGGACUGACCUGCGGCCUCUGCGGGAACUUCAACCAGAACCAGGCGGACGACUUCACGGCCCUCAGCGGCGUGGUGGAGGGGACCGCCGCCGCCUUCGCCAACACCUGGAAGACCCAGGCCGCCUGCCCCAACGUCAGGAACAGCUUCGAGGACCCCUGCUCCCUGAGCGUGGAGAACGAGAAGUACGCUCAGCACUGGUGCUCGCGGCUGACGGACCCCCAAGGCCCCUUCGCCGGGUGCCAUGCCGCCGUGAGCCCUGGCGCCUACUACUCGAACUGCAUGUUCGACACGUGCAACUGCGAGAGGAGCGAGGACUGCCUGUGCGCCGCCCUGUCCUCCUACGUGCGCGCCUGCGCCGCCAAGGGCGUGCUGCUCCGCGGCUGGAGGGACGGCGUCUGCGCCAAGCCCACGACCACCUGCCCCGAGUCCAUGGUCUACCGCGACGACAUCAGCACCUGCCAGCCCACCUGCCGCGCCCUGAGCGAGGGGGACGUCACCUGCCACGUCCCCUUCGUGCCCGUGGACGGCUGUACCUGCCCCGAGGGCACCUUCCUGGAUGACGCGGGCAAGUGUGUGGGGGCCACCAGCUGUCCCUGCUACCACGGGGGCUUCGUGGUCCUCAGCGGGGAGUCGGUGCACGACGGUGGGGCCCUCUGCACCUGCACGCAGGGGGCGCUGAGCUGCAUCGGGGGCCCCGCCCCCACGCCAGCGUGCGCCGAGCCCAUGGUCUACGUCGACUGCCGCAACGCUACGCCUGGGGCCGCCGGGGCCGGCUGCCAGAAGAGCUGCCACACGCUGGACAUGGCCUGCUACAGCCCCCAGUGCGUGCCCGGCUGCGUGUGCCCAGACGGGCUGGUGGCAGACGGCGAGGGCGGCUGCGUCGCGGAGGAAGACUGCCCCUGCGUGCACAACGAGGCCAGCUACCGCGCCGGCCAGACCAUCCGCGUGGGCUGCAACACCUGCACCUGCGACCGGCGGCGGUGGCAGUGCACGGACGAGCCCUGCCUGGCCACCUGCACCGUGUACGGGGACGGCCACUACCUCACGUUCGACGGGCAGCGCUACAGCUUCAACGGCGACUGCGAGUACACGCUGGUGCAGGACCACUGCGGCGGGAGUGGCGGCGCCCAGGAGGCCUUCCGCGUGGUCACCGAGAACGUCCCUUGCGGCACGACGGGCACCACCUGCUCCAAGGCCAUCAAGCUCUUCCUGGGGAGCUACGAGCUGAAGCUGAGCGCCGGGAAGGUGGAGGUGAUCGGGGAGGGCGCCGGGCCGGAGGCGCCGUACUCCAUCCGCCAGAUGGGCGUCUUCCUGGUGGUGGACACCAACGUGGGGCUCGUGCUGCUCUGGGACGGGAAGACCAGCAUCUCCGUGCAGCUCAGCCCCGAGUUCAAGGGCAGGGUCUGUGGCCUGUGCGGGAACUUCGACGACAACGCCGUCAACGACUUCACCACGCGGAGCCAGUCCGUGGCGGGGAACGCCCUGGAGUUCGGGAACAGCUGGAAGUUCUCCCCGAGCUGCCCGGACGCGCUGGCGCCCAAGGACCCCUGCGCCGCCAACCCGCACCGCAAGUCCUGGGCGCAGAAGCAGUGCAGCAUCAUCAACGGCCCCACCUUCGCCGCCUGCCACGCCCACGUGGAGCCGGCCAAGUACUACGAGGCCUGCGUGAGCGACGCGUGCGCCUGCGACUCGGGGGGCGACUGCGAGUGCUUCUGCACGGCCGUGGCCGCCUACGCCCAGGCCUGCCGGGACGCCGGGCUCUGCGUGUCAUGGAGGACCCCGGACGUCUGCCCGCUCUUCUGCGACUACUACAACCCCGAGGGCCUGUGCGAGUGGCACUACCAGCCCUGCGGCGCCCCCUGCAUGCGCACCUGCCGGAACCCCCGCGGAGACUGCGCGCACGACGUCCGCGGCCUCGAAGGCUGCUACCCCAAGUGCCCUGCGGAGGCGCCCCUCUUUGACGAGGACGAGAUGCGGUGUGUGGCCAGGUGCCCGGCCCCGCCCCAGCCACCACCCUGCCACGUCCACGGGGAGUCGUACCAGCCCGGAGAGCCGGUGCCCUCGGACAAGAACUGCUACUCCUGCGUGUGCGGCACGGGUGGUGUGGGGUGCUCCUACAACGCCAGCGCCUGCGUCUGCACCUACGGCGGGCAGCGCUUCCGCCCCGGCGACGUCAUCUACCACACAGCGGACGGCACCGGCGGCUGCAUCUCCGCCCGCUGCGGCGCCAACGGCACCAUCGAGAGGAGGGUCUACAGCUGCGGCUCCAGCAGCCCCCCGCCCCCCACCACCUUCGCCUUCUCCACGCCGCCCCGAGCCGUGAGCUCAACGCCGACCCUGGGCACCAGCCCCAGCCCCGCCCCAAGCACGGCGCACACCGGCCCCCUGAGCAGUGUGCAGUCCACGGCUGCGAGCACCGCACCCAGGACGGCGCCUUCCUCCGCCUCGGCGUCCCUGAGUGUGUCCAGCACGGUGGCGACCCAGGCCUCCGGCUCCCCUUUCCCUGGCAGCACAACCGGCCCGGCCACGCCCUCCACUGCUGCCACGACACCGGCCACAGUCAGCGCCACGCCUGCCCCACGCACCAGCACGCCCGGGACAACAGGCGUCCUGAGCCCCAGCCUGACGCCAGGGCCCGCGGCCUCCGCAACGCCCUGGGUGUCACCCGUGGCCCCCGGGACCACGGGUGGGCCGCCCUCCCCCCAGCCCAGCCAGGGCUGCCUUCGGGAGGUCUGCAGCUGGACCCGGUGGAUCGAUAGCAGCUACCCUGGGCCCGGAAGGAACAGCGGAGACUUUGACACUUUCCAAAAUCUGAGAGAAAAAGGGUACAGAUUCUGCGACAGGCCCAGGCGCGUGGAGUGCAGGGCGCAGAGCUUCCCCUCCACGCCCCUGGCGGAGCUCGGCCAGGUCGUGACCUGCAACGCCAAGGAGGGGCUGGUGUGCCGGAACAGGGACCAGCUGCCGCCCAUCUGCUACAACUACGAGAUCCGCAUCGAGUGCUGCCGGCUGCAGGACGUGUGCAGCCGGGGGACCACAGCGCCCGGGACCCCGGCCACCGCACAGCCCACGCCGCCCGACACCACCACCACCACGGACACCCAGACCACGGGGACAGCGGCAGCCCCCUCGACCCCCACAGAGCCCACCGUGGUGAGCUCCGCCACGGCGCCCACGCCGGCCAGGCCCAGGCCCAGCACGCACGCCGUCACUGCGCCCCGGACCACGGGCUGCCGGCCCACGUGCACGUGGACCAAGUGGAUCGACGUGGACUACCCGGCCCCCGGGCCCCACGGCGGCGACGUGGAAACCUACGACCACAUCAUCAGCAGAGGCCAGACCCUCUGCCGGCGGCACGGGGACAUCGCCAAGCUCGAGUGCCGCGCGGAGAACCACCCUGGCGUGAGCCUCGACAGCCUGGGCCAGGUGGUGCGGUGCAGCCGCGACGUGGGCCUGGUGUGCAGGAACCGUGACCAGGAGGGAGCCCGCAAGCUGUGCCUCAACUACCAGGUGCGCGUGCUGUGCUGCCGCACCCCCGACGGCUGCUCCCCGCCCACCGCCCCGGUCACGGUCCUCAGCACCCCGAGUGAGAGCGCCACCAGCCCGACUCAGGGCACCUCGUCUGGGCAGAAAACCAGCACCACCUCUGUGGAGACAGCCAGCACAGCCUCCUCGCCACAAACCAGCACCACCUCUGGUCCUGCAGUGAGUACAGCCUCUCGGCAUAAAUUGAAAACGACCCUGGGUCCUAUAACCAGCACAACCUCAGGUCCUUCAUCUGGCACAACCUCUGGUCCUACAACCAGCGCCACCUCUGGUCCUGUAACUACUCACAGCCCUAUUACGAUUACUAAGACAACCUCUGCUCCUUCAUCCAAAACAACACAUGGUCUGAUAGCCAGCACCACCUCUCAGCAUAAAUUGAAAACGACCUUGGGUCCUGUAACCAGCACAACCUCAGGUCCUUCAUCUGGCACAACCUCUGGUCCUACAGCCAGCACAACCUCUGGUCCUGUAACUACUCACAGCCCUAUUCCGAUUACUAGGACAACCUCUGCUCCUUCAUCCAAAACAACACAUGGUCCGAUAGCCAGCACCACCUCUCAGCAUAAAUUGAAAACGACCUUGGGUCCUGUAACCAGCACAACCUCUGCUCCCAUACCCAGUGCCACCUCUGGUCCUACAAACAGCACAACCUCAUGUCGUACAACCAGGGCAACCUCUGGUCCUACAACCAGCACAACUUCACGUCAUACAACCAGGGCAACCUCUGGUCCUACAACCAGCACAACUUCACGUCAUACAACCAGGGCAACCUCUGGUCCUACAACCAGCACAACUUCACAUCAUACAACCAGGGCAACCUCUGGUCUGACAGCCAGCACAACCUCAGGUCCUAUGACCAGGGCAACCUCUGGUCCUACAGCAAGCACAACCUCGGGUCAUGCAACCAGGCACAACCUCAGGUCCUUCAUCUGGUACAACCUCUGGUCCUAUAACCAGUGCCACCUCUGGUCCUACAGCCAGCACAACCUCUGGUCCUAUAACCAGUGCCACCUCUGGUCCUACAGCCAGCACAACCUCAGGUCCUAUAACCAGUGCAACCUCAGGUCCUUCAUCCGGCACAACCUCUGGCCCCAUAACCAGGGCAACCUCGGGUCCUUCAUCCGGCACAACCUCUGGUCCCACAACCAGGGCAACCUCGGGUCCUUCAUCCGGCACAACCUCUGCGCAGCCCACGUCCCUACUCCUGGGACAACCCUCCUCCCACCCAAGACCACGGGCUGCCGGCCCACGUGCACGUGGACCAAGUGGAUCGACGUGGACUACCCGGCCGCCGGGCCCCACGGCGGCGACGUGGAAACCUACGACCACAUCAUCAGCAGAGGCGAGACCCUCUGCCGGGGGCACGGGGACAUCGCCAAGCUCGAGUGCCGCGCAGAGAACCCACCCGGCGAAAACCGCGAAAACCAGGAGGGAGCCGCAAGCUGUCUGCCCAAUACCAGUGCGCGGUGCUGUGUUUAUGCCGCACCUACCGACGGCUGCCCGAUUGCCCUCACCACCCACACGGUCCCUGCCAAGACGUUUUUCUCCAGUCCUGGUCCAAGCAUCCACGAGUCGGGCUCUUCCGUGUCCGCUCUGGUGCACGCCGCACCCUUCCCCGGUGACGUCCCCUUCGACGGCCAGCUCUCGGCCCGUCCCUACACAGGGAUGCCAGCACGGGUUCCCCGAGGAAAGAAAGGGGAGAUCUGGGCGAUGCCCAACUGCUCCCAGGCCACCUGCGAGGGCCAAGACGUCAUCUCCCUGCGCCCGCGCCAGUGCCCCAGGGCGGAGGAGCCCAGCUGCGCCAACGGCUACCCGGCACUGAAGGUGGCCGACGAGGACGGCUGCUGCCCGCACUACCAGUGCCAGUGUGUGUGCAGCGGCUGGGGAGACCCCCACUACAUCACCUUCGACGGCACCUACUACACGUUCCUGGACAACUGCACGUAUGUGCUGGUGCAGCAGAUCACGCCCGUGUACGGCCACUUCCGCGUGCUCAUCGACAACUACUUCUGCGGCGCGGAGGACGGGCUCUCCUGCCCCAAGUCCAUCAUCGUCGAGUACGGGCAGGACCGCGUGGUGCUGACGCGCAAGCCCGUCGGCGGGGCGAUGACCAAUGAGAUCAUCUUCGACGGCGAGGUGGUGAGCCCCGGCUUCCGGAAGAACGGCAUCGUGGUGUCCCGGGUGGGCAUAAAGAUGUACGUGACCAUCCCCGCGAUCGGCGUCCAGGUCAUGUUCAGCGGCCUCAUCUUCUCGGUGGAGGUGCCGUUCAGCAAGUUCGCCAACAACACGGAGGGGCAGUGCGGCACCUGCACCAACGACCAGAAGGACGACUGCCGCCUGCCCGGGGGUGCCGUGGCCACCUCCUGCUCCAAGAUGUCCGGCCUCUGGAACGUGACUGUACCGGGCCAGCCGUCCUGCCACGGGCCCCGCCACGCACCCACCACCGUGGCGCCCACCACCGUGGGACCCUCGUCCCAGCCAGCCACGUGCCCGCCAUCCCCGCUGUGCCAGCUGAUUCUGAGCAGCGCCUUCGAGCCGUGCCACGCCGUGAUCGCCCCGUGGCCGUUCUACGAGGGCUGCGUCUUCGACCAGUGCCACGUGCAGGACGCGGAGGUGGUGUGCUCGGGCCUGGAGCUGUACGCGGCGCUGUGCGCGGCCUCCGGCGUGUGCGUGGACUGGAGGGACCGCACCAACCACACGUGCUCGCUCGCCUGCCCGGCCGGCAUGGAGUACCAGCCCUGCGGCCCCACCGCCCCCACCUACUGCUACGGGAACGACAUCGCCAGCGCCGCGGUCCUGCGGAACGCGGGGGCCAUCACGGAGGGCUGCUUCUGUCCCCACGACAUGACGCUCUUCAGCGCCAGCACCCAGGCCUGCGUGCCCGCGGGCUGCCCCCGGUGCCUGGGGCCCCGCGGAGAGCCCAUGGAGCUGGGUGAAACCAUCAGCGUCGGCUGCCAGGAGUGCACCUGCGAGGGGGCCACCUGGACUGUGAGCUGCCGGAAGAAGUCCUGCCCGCCGUCCCCCGCCUGCCCCCUUCCCGGGCUCGUGCCUGUGCCCCUGGCCCCUGUGGCCGGCCAGUGCUGCCCUGGGUACAGCUGCGUAUGCAACUCCAGCCACUGCCCGAGGCCCGUGGAGUGUCCCCCGGGCUCCCGCCGCGUCCUGACCCACGAGGAGGGGGCCUGCUGCCCCACCCAGAACUGCAGCUGGACGGUUUGCAGCGUCAACGGGACUCUGUACCAGCCCGGCGCAGUGGUCUCCUCCAACCUGUGCGAGACCUGCAGGUGUGAGGUGGCCGGCGGCCCCCAGGCAGACACACCUGUGGUCACCUGCGAGACCCAGAUCUGUGACACCCACUGCCCCACGGGCUUCGAGUACCAGGCGCAGAGCGGGCAGUGCUGUGGUGCCUGCGUGCAGGUGGCCUGCGUCACCAACUCCAGCGGCAGCCCCGCCCACCUCUUCUACCCUGGGGAGACCUGGUCAGACCCCAGGAACCGCUGCGUGACCCACGAGUGUGAGAGGAGCCAGGACGGGCUCGUGGUGGUGACCACACGGAAGGCGUGUCCCCCGCUCAGCUGUGCUCUGGACCAGGCCCAGCUGGGCGAGGACGGCUGCUGCCUCUUCUGCCCCCCACCCCAGCCCAGUAAGUGCACGUAGUCGACCUGCGGCGUGUUCCACAAGCAGCAGCUCAUCCGGCAGCGGGACUGCAGCUCCGCGGAGCCCGUGCGCCUGGCCUACUGCCAGGGCGACUGCGGGGACACCGGCUCCAUGUACUCGCUGGAGGCCAACGCGCUGCAGCACAGCUGCAGGUGCUGCCAGGAGCUGCGCACCUCGCGGAGGAACGUGACGCUGCACUGCCCCGACGGCUCCCGCCGGGCCUUCAGCUACGUCAUGGUGGAGGAGUGUGGCUGCGUGGGCCAGCGCUGCGCCUCGCCGGGGGACACCAGCCACGAGGGGGAGCCGGAGCCCGAGUGGAGCGAGGAGGAGCACAGCAGCCAGGAGACGGGCGGCUGGAGCCGGCGAGCAGGGGCCCAGGGCCCCCCUGCCCACUGACCUGUGCCCCAGAGAACGUCCUCCGAGUCCUCGGGUCUUGGCUCCCAAGGCCAGAGGAACUGGGGCCCUUGUCCGGUGAGGAGCUGGGAACACAGCCACCCCGGCACUCGCCGGGCAGCCCCUGCGGCCUGCAGACACCUGCUCAGGCAGAGCCCGGGGCCGGUGGGGGCUCCUCUGCCACGGGUCUAGCCUGCCAGUUCGGGGCUUAAGCACCACGUGAGGGUCUCACGAAUGACUGUCAGUGAUGUGGCUACCAGGAGGUAGAGCCCCACGCUACCUCAGCCCCAGGUCUGU